CACUACCGACGAGGCCCUUGAAUUGGAAGGUCCUAGGAAAAAAAAAACCCAAAACGAGAGUAUCCAGCUGGCCAGCUCCAUGGAAAGCCAAGAGCUUAGCAUCAAAGCAAACAAAGUUUUUAUGGAAGAAGAAGAAGAAAACCAGGGAACCGCCACCACCACCACCACCAGCGACAGAUGCAAUUUUGCAGAACUGCCGUGGCAUGUAAUUCUGGAAAUCAUGCUGAAGCUCCCCAUCGAAGCCUUAAUCCGAUGCAGGUACGUAUGUAAGGCGUGGCAUGACUUACUCUUAGAUCCUAGUUUUGCCAAACUCCACCAUGGCAGCACACCCACUGGCUUUGUGCUUCAAUCUAGCUUAUUUCCUCAUGGCAAUUCUGGAGCGCUCUACUUGAUUGAGCCUCAAGAACAAGAACCCUCUUCUAUAAUUGCCAAGUUUAACCAAUUCCCAUAUCUUGAAUCUACUCUUGUGAAUUCAUGUAACGGCUUGAUUUGCUCGUGCGAUAUUCGGAUGGCUAAUCCCAUCUACAUAUCAAAUCCUGUAAUGGGUGAGUUCUUGACCCUCCCAAAAGGUGAAACAAAUCCCGACCGUCAAUUCGUAUCUGGGUUCGGGUUUAGCGCCAAGACUAAGCAAUACAAGGUGAUUAAGUACUCUGAAUUUGCAGAGAUUUAUACUCUUGGAACUGGUGCUUGGAAAAGAAGCGAGCGUGUUCCGCCUGCGCGCCAUCGGAGCUUGUUUGGGACUUUUGUGAAUGGGGCUCUGCACUGGCUUGUUAAGCUUCCCAAUUCCUCCGUGCUUAUCCGUUGUUUUGAUCUCGAAAAUGAGAAAUUUCAGACAAUCCCGCUGCCUUCGUCUACAUUCUAUCAUGCCAGCUUCGAAAGGUCAAGCCUUGGGAUAUUGGGAGAUUGUCUUUGUUUGAGUUCAGUUGUUGCGUCUGCUUCUUCUGAUUGGGAUAUCCAUGUUUGGGUGAUGAAGGAAUAUGGUGUUAGAGAGUCUUGGAUCAAAGAGGCUGCGAUUAAAUAUCCAAGCCCAUGGGAAUACUGGUGGAGUCCUGAAUGCGUGAAAGUUAUCAGUUUUUUGAAGAACAGGGAAGUUGUGUUGGAUUGCGCAGGUUGUCUGGUUAUUUAUGAUGUUGAACAAGAAAGUUUCAGGUUAUUGAAGCCUAAUGGGAUAUUAUUGACACACGUCAAUGCAACUGCUCAUGCAACCAGCUUUGUUUCGCUCAAAGAUAUUGCAAAGGGAGAUGAUGGCUCAAAAGUGUUGAAAUUUUAGAUCAUGUAAGUUAAGAGUCUAAAGAUUUUAGCUUUUACUUGAUUUCUUCAAUCAACUAUAAGUUCAUUUGUAUUCUUCACUUUCUUCUUGUUCAUGUUGAUUUGUAUAUGACCAUUAAUUUGUGAAAA